AUGGUCACUAUCACCGUAUCCGUCACAGCACCCGUCAACAACAACGACAACGAAUCGUCAACCAAUCCCCCCAUCCGCUUAACCCACGACGACCUCUGGGCAGCGCUGCUGGCCAAAGCACGCCAGCCAGAAGAAUUCGUGCCGCAGAUCGAAAAGUCGACCGUUGUCCGGGAGCACGAGGAUGGGAGGGGUCUGACGAGAAGGGUCCUGUUCAAGGGUCGAGAGGGGGAAGAAGAACUGGAGGAGGUGGUGAGGUUUGUUGGGAAGAUGAGGGUCGACUUCCACAUCUCUGCAACAGGCCAAUCUGUCUCGAACAUCAUCUCUCACGCUGCCGCUGCCACGAGUGGAUCAGAUCUGUUCCUCACGUUCACCUUCGUAUUCCCGCAUCCAGAGGUGCGGGAUGAGAAUGGUGAGGAGGCCAAGAGACUCGAGGAGAAGUAUCUAGCUUUGGGUAGGGAGGUUGUGCCUCGGUGUAUUGAUGUUGCGAGGAGGAUGAAGGUUGAGGGGCGGCUUGGACUGUCUUAA